AGGUAAUAUUGAAAUUAAUAAAAUUAUUAUUCGUUUGAUUAAUUAAACAAAGCAACAACAAGCAACAGCACGGGACAAGCAUCAAAGCAAGCUACAAAGAGUCUACAGAGAAAGAUAGUGUCAUGGCCGAGCCUCCAGUCUCACUAGGGAGUGGCCCCUCGAGUGAUCCCUCCAGCCCCCCUGCACAAGCCUACACCCCCUCUCUUAUCCCCUACACUACACCCGAGUAUUAUACCUCACUCAAACACUUCCAGGUUGAAAAGAAGAUUGGUCAGGGUCAGUUCAGUAUAGUGUAUCGUGCUCGCAAUACGGUGGAUGGACAAGUGGUCGCUCUCAAGAAGAUACAGAUAUUUGAGAUGGUUGAUGCCAAGGCACGGCAGGAUUGCAUCAAAGAGAUUGACCUCUUGAAGCAACUGAACCACCCCAAUGUGAUCAUGUACCUGGCCUCCUUUGUGGAGAAUAAUGAGUUAAACAUUGUAUUGGAGCUAGCAGAUGCUGGGGACCUCUCCAGAAUGAUAAAGCAUUUCAAGAAAAAGAAACAGUUGAUCCCCGAGCGUACAAUAUGGCGGUACUUUGUUCAACUGUGCAGUGCCCUCGACCACAUGCACUCCAGGAGGGUCAUGCACAGAGAUAUCAAACCAGCCAAUGUGUUUGUGACAGCCUCUGCUGUGGUCAAGUUGGGGGACCUGGGUCUGGGCAGAUUCUUCAGCUCCAAGACUACAGCAGCUCACUCCCUCGUUGGCACUCCGUACUACAUGUCUCCAGAGAGAAUCCAUGAGAAUGGCUACAACUUCAAGUCUGACCUAUGGUCGCUAGGUUGCCUCCUCUAUGAAAUGGCUGCCCUCCAAUCACCCUUUUAUGGGGACAAGAUGAAUCUCUACUCUCUGUGUAAGAAGAUUGAGAAGUGCGACUACCCUCCUCUCCCUGGAGACAUCUACUCCCAAGAUCUCCGAGACCUGGUGGGUGUGUGUAUUAACCCUAACCCAGAUGAUCGACCAGACAUCCACCAAGUCUGUGCAGUGGCCCAACGCAUGCAUGGGGCAACCACCACCACCUAACACUUGUAAGCUUCAUAGUAAUAGCUAUUAUUUUCUUAAACUUCACUGGUAAUAAAUUAUUUUUCUGUUGUAAAGGCUUACUUACUUUUCAAAACAUAAUCACUUAUUUUUGUUGUCCCCGAACUGUUUAUUGCACAUGUUAUUUUGACCCCUUAA